AUGGUUAACCUUAUCAAGUCUAUAAAAGCACAUAAUGAUAAGGCUUGGUGUGCUAAAUCACAUCCAACAUUACCUUUGUUAGCGACAGCUUCCACCGAUAAAACAUCACAUAUUUAUAAUUUGUCAGCUAAGAAGAACUUCCCAUUAUUGGCGAAGCUAGAAGAAGCACAUAAGAGAUCCAUUCGGUCCGUCGAUUUUAAACCUCCUUUAGGUGGGAUCGAGACGCCAGUAAGUGAUUUUUUAGAUUUACCAGCAUUGGCAACUGGAUCGUUUGAUUCAACCAUAUCUAUUUGGGGAAUCGAUGAGCCAGAAGAACAAGAUAGUAUGGAUGAUGAUGACGAUGAUGAUGAAAAAAUGAAUGAUAAACAUGCCCAAUUGUUAACUAGUAUUAAUAAUGAAUGGAAUUUAAUGGCCAUAAUUGAAGGUCAUGAGAAUGAAGUUAAAUCGGUAGCAUGGAACUACCAAGGAAAUUUAUUGGCAUCGUGUUCGAGAGAUAAGACAAUUUGGAUAUGGGAAACGGACCCAGAGACUUUAGAAGAGUUUGAAUGUAUAUCAGUACUUAGCGAUCAUCAGCACGAUGUUAAACAUAUUACUUGGCACCCAUCACAAAAUCUAUUGGCAAGUUCAUCUUAUGAUGAUACAAUAAAAUUAUAUAAACAAGAUGAAGAUGACGAUGAUUGGUCUUGCGUGGGAGUAUUAAAUGGUCACGGUGGAACUGUAUGGUGUUCGUCAUUUGAAAAUCCAACUAGCCCAACGUUUGAAGCCAAUAAGAUUAGAUUGGUUUCUGCAUCUGAUGAUUUAAGUGUUCGUAUUUGGUCUAGUAUUGUGGAACAAACUGAGCAAACUGACGACUCUACCGAUAGAUUGCCAAGUUCAAUUAAAAGCACUAAUAACGAAAUGGUCUGGGAAGAAGAAGCUAUUUUACCCGCAAUUCACAAAUAUCCUGUCUAUUCUGUAUCGUGGUCAGCGAAAACUGGAAAAAUAUCUAGUACUGGAUCAGAUGGCAAAUUGGUUAUUUAUAAACAAACUGAAUCCAAGAAAUGGGAAAUCGAAUCUGUUUAUGAAUCCGCCCAUGGAGUUUAUGAAAUUAAUAGUGUAUCUUGGUGUACGUUAGACGAUAAGAGGGAAGUACUUGUAACCGCAGGAGAUGACGGGGCUAUUAACAUAUGGGAACCUUGA